GCUGCCCGCGACGCGGCGGCCCCAGCGAGGGCGGCCCGGCCGCCCGCGGCCCCCGCGGCCCCCGCGCCGCCGGAGGCCCCCGCGCCAGGCGCGCUGGCGGACGCGGAGACCCUGCGCCGCCUCGCGGAGGACACCGCGCGCGUAGAAGGCUGGGUGCAGCAGCUGGCCGAGCGGGAGGCCAUGCAGGAGGCGGCCUCGCCGGUCUUUGGCUUCGAGCGGGAGCUGCGGGCGCUGGGCGUGCUGCGGCCCGGAGAGGCGGGGCACCUCGGCGGGGCGCGGCGCGCCGGCGCGGAGUUCCCGCCCGGCACGGACGGCGAGGACAAGCUCUGGCACCGCGAGAUGGCGCGCCAGCGCGCGAAGGUGGCGGGCUCGCCGUGGUGA